GCUUCAGUUCGUCCCGCUCCACUCCCAUCCGUCUCGUCCCGACGCCGCAUCCGCUGCCGCAUCUGCAUGCUCUCCGCCGCCGAGGCUGCUGCGCAUGCUGCCGCCGCCGCUGAUGAGGCUGGCAAGCGGCGCGAGGAGCAGGCCGCCGCCGGCGCAUCUCACGACGGCGAGGCGGCUCGGCAGGCGCCCGAGCUGCAGCAGCUCUUCACGCUGCCCUUCGCAUUGCACCUCGAGCCGCUGCCGCAUCUCUCCUACCGCGCAGCACAUAGCGCCUUCUCCGACACGUCCGGCUCAGACUCUGAUGAGGAGCUCGACCCCGACGCGCCGUCGGACCGCGGCUCGGCGGCGAUCCGCGUCAAGAAGCGCCUCGACGCUGCGCCGCCGCACGCGCUGCACGAGGUCUCCUACCUCCUGGCGCACACUCGCGCCCUCGAGGCAGUCACAGACCUGACGCAGCUCGUGCGGCUGCUCGACGGCGCCGAUGAGGACCCGGGCUUCGCCACGCUGCGUGCCUUCUUCGAUGCUCGCUUCGAUCGCGAGGGUCGCCUCGUGAGUGGCCCACGCUCGCCGCGCAGCCCAAGGCGCCGCGGCUCGCUCCUCUCGCGCCGCCCAUCGGCUCCUGGCGGCCAGCUCAUGGGCUCGGCCGCCGGACGAUCUCGCACCCUGAGCUCGACAUCUGCGGCUGGCGGCGGCUUCCGCACCCGAGUCCUCCGCACGCUGUCGCGCGACGGCGCCGCGUCCGAGAUAUCAGAGGACGACUUCGAGGAGGCAGAGCUUCGCGCUCCCGAGAUGCAGGCGCCGCCUCGUCGAGCGACAGGCACGGCGCACGCCCCUGUGCCAGGGCAGCAGGAUCGUAGCGUGCGCUUUUCCGUGCGCCUCGAUCUCCAUUCGGUCGGGCUCGCGCCGCUGCCGCCGCAGCCGCCGCCACGACGACCGUCGCGCCCGAUGCUGGACACGCAGAUCCUCUCAUCGCCAAGCCGAAGAGGCCGACGGGUGCCGGAGCAAGUGCUCUCGCCCACGAGUCAGCCGGCGGGCAACGACUUGGAGCGAGCUCGGACAGCUAGUUCUGCCGUCGACCUCUUCGGCGCGGGCUCCUUGAGAGAAGUCAGUAGCCGCGAGAGCAGCACGUCGGCAGCGCGGCAGCGCUCUCCGCCUUCGCCUUCGCAAGGGCGCUUUGCAAGCGCUGGCCUUGCGGGUCGGAACCGGCAAGCAGCGUCUCGACCACAGACUGCCGGCAGCUCUUUCACGAUGGACCAUGACGUGUUUGGCGCUGUUGCAGACGCUGGCGACGCUGUGCCGAGCUCAGAGGAGCCGGUCGCACGAGCUCGAAGCAGUACGCAAUCGCGUGGCGAGACUCGUCGGCCGUCCUUCCUGCAGCGCUUCUUCGGGCAGAGUCGCUCGACUCGUCGAGGCAGCAGCAACAGCACUGCGCCGAGCUUGGCCAGCAGCCUGGACCUGCCAGACGCCUCUUCAGCCGCCACGAGUGCAUCAAUCGCUGAGGAGGAAGGCCUCAAGGUGCCUGUCACUGCCAGCAUCGAAGCACCCUCUCGCCGCAUGCGCAGCGCCACUGUCGUGAGCGACCUCAGCAACGACGAGGCCAUCGACACCGGAGAUGAGGACGGCAGUUUGUAUGGCAGUCUGCCUGCGCGCAUGCUCGGCGUGGACGGCCCUCGUCGAGCCUCGCUUGGCUCCGUGCUCAGCGCCAGCAACAUGUCCGCUAGCCAGCUUGCCGGCACGGCGGGCAUCGCGGCGCAACUGCAGCCGGUCACGGAAGGUGCCGUGGCUGACUGGUCCGAGAUGCGUGCUCCGCCAGAGCUGCUCUCUCCCAAGCCCUGGGCUGGCGGAGACGACUUCCUGACGCUGCUGCGAAAAGCGGCAGACACGGCGCUGAACGUCGAUCCAUCGGCUCGCAUCCUCAGCGAGAAGGCUCGCGGCAAGCGGCCCGCUGCGCACUCGGGCAGCAUCACGCCCAGCUCGUCGGGCGCCGACACGCCGCUGGGCCAGCCGACCGAUCAGGCGCCGCCCGACACGAGCGCAUGGUGGCUCUGCGGCCGAACUGACCCUUCGACGAUCGCCGUCCCAUGCGCCUUUGGCGAGGCACUCGGAUGGGAGGGCAUCCUCCACCUGUGCUAUGGGCCGGGAUCCGCAAGCGCUCGCGCCGGCGACUUUGUGCCGCUCGGCAAGGCCGCCGAGAUGGACUCGCGGCAGCAGAGCGAGAGCGCAAAGGUGCAGCAGUGGGCUCGCGGCGUGGAGAGCAGUACCGACUCUACCUUCGUUGCGCGCUCAGCUUCAUCGCCAGUGCCAGGCUCGGCAGGCCGGGACCUCGGCCUGUCGCACGUCGCAGAGGACGCCUCCGACGUGGCGCCGUCAGAGAGUGCCUCGACAAAGGCAGUCCAGCCGGCAUCGGAUGAAACCCGCGCGACACAAGGCGCAUCGGCACUCGAGAAGCUCCUGCAGCGCAUGCCAGGGCGGAGCGCCUCUACCCCGCCUGCACUUGGAGGCGACAGCACAGCUCUCGCACCUGCUGCUGCGCUCGCCGCUCUGCAGCUCGGCGGCGAACGGCAACGCACGUGGGCAGACUGGACUACGCUGGCCGUCAGCAUGCAAGGCUGGGUGGAGCAGUACGAGGCGACGCGCGUGCGCGAGGGCUUGGCCCACGAGAUGGUCGCACACUCGGCAGGUGCCGGACGGCCAACCCCGGCACUGCCGUCGGGUGCCGAUGCCUCCGGACUGCCAGACUGCGUCCUCAAAGACGCACUCGAUGCCACGAACGGCUUCCGUCGCAGAGGCGGCAUCCCGCCUAGCCUGGCGUCGCCCGACGGCAUCGAGCAUCAGGACUACCACUGGGCCAGCAGCAGACUGCAUGCGAAGCACUUCGCCAGCGCCUUGACUCUCAUGGCCGGCUCCUUUACUCACAUCACCUCGCAGCUCACCGAUGCGCAAUGGACGUACCGCUCCGCGUGGGAGCUCGACUAUCUGGAGGCCUGCUGUCUGCACACGCCGCUCGCAGCAGAGCGCUUUCCCUCGCCGGCGGCCGCGGUCAUUCCAGCACACAAGUCCUUCCAGCCGGAGGACCCAGACGAGCAGGCACGUGCCCGCUGCUGUCCUUAUCCGAGCCCCUCGGGCGCAUGGCAGGCGCGCGCGUGGAAGACGUGGCUGGCCGGCCUGCAGCCGGGCCACAUUGUCGUGCCCGCCGUCUCGUGGCAGGCCUGGUGGACGCUCAUCAGCGUGCUCAACGGCGCCGACCGCACGGGGCGCGCCUUCGACCUGCAGAUCAAGGCCGUCGACGAGCCGUUUGCGGCGCUCGACGACCUCUCGUCCGUCUACAUCUGAGCCUGCCAGCACCAUCGCCGAGCAGCAGCUCCUCAUUCCACCCGCACGCCCGCAAUACCCCUGCUCCGCACAUGCUCAGCCCUGCCGCACGGCUGCCGUCAUCUGUACUUCUACCUGACAACCCAUUGCUUGCACUGCACCGCCUUGGC